UCCUACUGAAGAGAAGCUGAGAGAAGAUGGCAAAGCUCGCUGUGUGUGUCUCUGUCCUGCUGGUGCUCCUGGUGGCGAUGAGUGAAAGCAAGCCCAUGAAGUCUUGCUGCACACAGUACCAUCCAUCUCCAGUCCCAUUCAAAGUGCUGAAAUACUACAGAAUCCAGGAUAACAAACAAUACUGCAACAUCAAGGCAAUAAUCUUCACAACAGUGCGAAACCGACUCGUGUGUGCCAACCCUGACUCAGAGUGGGUGCAGUAUGCCAUCGGGUUCUUACCAGAAAAACACUGAGCAUUAUCCACACUCGUGGAGAUCAGCGGAGAAAUCUUCUUAAAGACACAAGA